AUCCGUCUUAACCAGCUGUGGCUCAUUCACAAAAUCUUCCCCCUUCCAACUUUGCUCCUCUUGCAUAUCACUAAACAACACUACGACAACACCAGACCUUCCAAGAUACCCAUACCAUCCAAUUCUAUCCCAAAUCACGAUCAUGUCAAACACUCUUGAACAACUCAAGGCCUCUGGCACCGUAAGUUCUCCUUUCGCCCUCGGAAACCCGGGGAGGUUUCCAUUUUCCGUUCGACGGCAAUGCCCCUCAUAUGAACUUUUGAGCAAGUCUGCUAAUCACAAUUACCACAGACUGUCGUCAGUGACUCUGGUAAGUCUCUCCAUCUAAUCAAUCCCCCGGAAUCCCAGCUAACAGUGGUCUCCAGGUGAUUUUGCUUGUAAGUUUCUUCGCCACCUCAAUCCCUUCGACCUCAGCGAAUUGAAUAACCAAGACGACCCACCACCACCCACUUGCAACGAACUCCUCACUAACACACCAUAGCAAUCGGCAAAUACAAGCCACAAGAUGCCACCACCAACCCUUCCCUCAUCCUCGCUGCCUCAAAGAAGCCCGAAUAUGCCAAGCUUAUGGACGUAGCCGUUGCAUACGGAAAGGAGCACGGCAGCACAGUCGACGAGCAGGUUGAUGCCACUCUUGACCGACUCUUGGUUGAGUUCGGAAAGGAGAUUUUGGCCAUUGUCCCAGGAAAGGUUUCCACCGAGGUUGAUGCCAGAUUUUCUUUCUCCACCAAGGCAUCAGUUGACAAAGCUCUUCACAUCAUUGAGGUAGGUUUUUCCGCUCUGUUUUGUGGUAAUUGGACUAAUCUAAUCCUCACAGCUUUACAAAUCCAUCGGUAUCGACAAAUCCCGUGUUCUCAUCAAGAUUGCCUCAACAUGGGAAGGUAUCCAAGCCGCCCGUAUCCUCCAAAGAGACCACGCAAUCAACGUCAACCUCACCCUUAUGUUCUCUCAAGUCCAAGCUAUUGCCGCCGCUGAGGCCGGUACCUUCCUCAUCUCUCCCUUUGUCGGUCGUAUCCUCGAUUGGUACAAGAAGAGCACCGGAAAGACCUACUCCAAGACUGAGGACCCAGGAGUUGCAUCCGUGAAGGCAAUUUUCGACUACUACAAGAAAUUCGGUUACAAGACCAUUGUCAUGGGUGCUUCUUUCCGAAAUGUUGGUGAGAUCACUGAGUUGGCUGGAUGUGAUUACCUCACUAUCUCGGUAUGUAUUCUCUUAUCUUGGGGGUUUCGAUAACACUAACUUUUCUUUUAGCCCGCCCUCCUUGAGGAGAUGAUGGCAUCCACCGAGGCAGUCCCAAAGAAGCUCGAUGCGUCAGCCGCCUCCGCUCUCAACCUCGAGAAGAAGUCCUACGUCGACGACGAGUCCCUCUUCCGAUUUGACUUCAACGAGGAUGCCAUGGCCGUUGAGAAGCUCCGAGAAGGUAUCUCUGGAUUCGCCAAGGAUGCUGAUACCCUCAAGGAUAUCCUCAAGAAGAAGAUUGAGGCAUAAAUUACAUAAAUUGGGAUUUUUCAAGUAAUAUCUGGAAUUCCGGAGUUUGAUAUUGGGGAAGGGGGUGAAUUGAAUGAAAUAAAGAAUGUAUACUGGAAACUGAAGUAUGGGAAACACGGCAGUGGAUGUAUAUGAGAAUGACA